GGAUAUGGAACAUUGUAUAACCCAUUCGUGAUAUUUCCGUAGAACGUAUCGUUAUCGUUUUGGAUAAUGCAAAGGUGACGGGAAAAACUGUGAAUGUCCGGUUCAGCGUGACACACGCUUCUCCGUGGACGACAGUGUGCGAUAAUUCAUCGAGCAGAAUGGAGAAGAAAGUCGCUGUGAAUAAAGAUUUACAGCGUGAACGUGAUAGAUGUACAUUCGAUCCCUUGGAACUGACCCAUCUGCUGGAUGGUGGUCCAGAGAAGACUCAAGCUCGUCGUGACCGAGAACAAUUGUUUCUGGAUGAUCCAGAAUUACAAGAUGAAAUACCAAUAAAAUACAAGAGUCAUAAAGAGAUAUACGAAGACGGAGUGCGUAAAGCAUGCAUAGUUUUGAAAAAAGUACGCAAGUUACAAGAAGAGGGGAAAGCUGGCAUGGAUGUUUUCUCACAUGUUCUAGGGGGAAUGUUCGGUUCUGGUUUAUUGAAAGAUGGAAAUCCAUUGGUGCUUCACUAUGCUAUGUUUUUGCCAGCAAUUAUGGGGCAAGGAAAUCUAAAACAACAAGAAUAUUGGAUAUCCAGAUCUUGGGACGGCAAUAUUAUUGGAACUUAUGCUCAGACCGAACUUGGUCAUGGAACUUUUAUUAGAGGUUUAGAAACAACAGCAACAUACGACGUUAGCACAAAAGAAUUCAUACUGAAUAGUCCAACUUUAACAUCUUACAAGUGGUGGCCUGGGGGCUUGGGCCAUACAGCUAAUUACGCGGUAGUGGUCGCGCAAUUAUAUACGCAAGGAGAAUGCAGAGGAAUCCACCCUUUUAUCGUGCAAUUAAGACACGAGGAAACGCAUGAACCCUUACCCGGUAUUAAAAUUGGAGAGAUUGGUACCAAGUUGGGAAUGAACGCAACAAAUAACGGGUUCCUCGGAUUCGACAAUGUCAGAAUACCCCGCGAAAAUAUGCUCAUGAAGAAUUCUCAGGUCCUCGAAGAUGGCACAUACGUAAAAGGUGUGAACGACAAAUUGACCUACGGCACGAUGAUGUUCGUCCGCGUAGUGCUUGUUCAUGACAUUGCAAGUUAUUUAUCGAAAGCCGUCACGAUUACGACUAGAUACAGCGCAGUGAGGCGACAAAGUCAAAUUAAUUCGGAGGAACCAGAGGCACAGAUUAUUAACUAUAUAACACAGCAGUAUAAGAUCUUCCCGAAUCUUGCUGCUUGCCUAGCUUUCCGUAGUGCUGCGGACUGGAUAUGGAACAUGUAUAAUAUUGUCACGGGCGAAUUAGACCAAGGUGAUUUGGAGAGUUUACCCGAACUGCAUUCGUUGUCCUGUUGCCUGAAAGCGGUCGCAUCCUCGGAUGCAGCCACUGGAGUAGAGCAAUUGCGAUUAGCUUGCGGUGGACACGGAUACAUGGAUGCUAGCAACCUCCCAGCGACUUAUGGUUUAGUUACUGCCAUUUGCACGUACGAAGGAGAGAAUACUGUUUUAUUACUACAAACGGCGAGAUACUUGGUUAAAACCUGGAAAUUAGCUAUCGACGGCCAACCGUUGCCAAUCACUGUACAGUAUCUUUUAGUUUUUUCCAGAGGUGGCAAACAGAGGCCUUGGCAGAAUAGUUUGGAUUGUAUUAUCGAGGCCCAUCAAGCAGUCGCCGCUGGAAAGAUUCGUUUGGCCACAGAAAACUUUGAGCGUAGAAUACGCAGUGGAGUGUCACAGGAAGAUGCUUGGAAUGAGACCAGCAUCGAAUUAAUGCAAUGCGCGGAGGCUCAUUGUAGGGCGUUCAUAGUAAGGACGUUCAUAGAAGCUGUCAGGGAAAAUACUUCGGUGUCGAAAGAGUUGUGCGUUAUAUUGCAACAUCUCUGUGAACUGUACGCUGUGUACUGGGUGUUACAGAGACUCGGUGAUUUCCUUCGAUACUCCUCGUUGACGAACGAGGAUGUUCCAUCGCUGCAAGCUUGGCUGGAAAACCUGCUAGCCGCUAUCCGUCCAAACGCCGUCGGUAUCGUCGAUGGUUUCGAUAUUCGCGACGAAAUUCUUUCCUCGGCUCUGGGUGCUUACGACGGUAAUGUUUACGAACGACUGUUCGCAGAAGCCAUGAAGAGUCCCCUGAAUCAGCAAAGCGUGAACGAGUCUUUCGAAAAAUAUUUAAAACCAUUCCUUAAGAGCCAUUUGUAGUACAAUGUUCUGCAAUUCUAUUCCAUUUACUUAGUAAUGUUAUCAAAGACAAUUCAUUAUUGUUACAAUCAUAGUAUAUAUUGAAGUUGUCGUUGUCUGAACUUCGAUUUCAGUUGUUCCCAAUAGGAAAGUUGACAACUUUAUAGAGUAUAUAGAAUUUUUAUUAUCAAUUUGUAUUUUGAAGAGUUUACGAAUAUAUAUUUUUCUACAGCCCUAUUAGAGUAACAUUGUAAAUACUUGAGUAAAAUCCCGUCCGCGUUUUACAGUUAAUUCGCGGAUUUUCCUACAGAAUAUUGUUAAAAACUACUCUUUUCAGGAAUGCUCGGCCAUUCCAUGCAAAGGUAUAUUUUCAACGUUUUAUACAGAACGAAUAUUUUCUAUGUACU